GGAUACACGCUGGGCUGGGAUAUACUGGGGCUGGGAUACACACUGGGCUGGGAUAUACUGGGGCUGGGAUAUACAGGGGCCGGCAUAUACACUGGGCUGGUAUAUACACCAGGCUGGUCCGUUAUUUCAAGUUAGAAUCCCCCCUUAUAGCUUCAAAGGGCUUCACUCCCAUUGGGCAGCACCAGGAUCUCCCUGCAGGCACAGGAUCUUCUGCGAGUCCCAGAAAAUAUGGCAUCGAAAAAAGGCAUUGCAAUUGUAUCACGGGAAAAUCCCGAGUCCUACGACUGGCUGAUCCAUUUUCUCCUGUCCAUUCCUGGACUAGAUGUCCGACCCAUUUAUCUUACCAAUGCCAACUCCAGGAACCUUAUACAGAUGGUCUCCAAGUGCACCUUUGCCAUCCUGUACCACUCCAAGAGCAGAGGAAGAAUUAAUGUGACGGAUGUACCAGACUCAUUAUAUGACCAGGAACUGAAAGAAUUGUCUAAGCACUUUGGAAGAGAGAAAGUCAUGGUGGUGAUUGAUGACCUCGCGGACAGUAGUUUGGAGGAGAAGAGGAGGCUCCUAGAGAAACAGCCGAGCAUUGAGACACUGGCCCAGGAACUCUUCCUCUUCACCAAUCAGGACAAGGUUAAUAUUGGGCAUAAUCCAGAUUCUGGGUCAGCUGCAUCCAAGAAACUAAAGCGGAUGAAAAACAUAAUUGAGGCAAGAGCAGGUCCCACUAAGAAGGUUGUGCCAGUACAAAAGGAGUCUCCCCACAAAGGGAGUGACUUUGAAAUGACAAUCGAUAAUCCUGGCCCAGGAAAGGCUAGCUGCUGGAAGAGAUACGCCAUAUGGAUAGUUUUCUUUGCCCUCAUCCUUUUGAUCCUUGUGAUUUGCGUGGCUGCACAGUACAGACACAAGGCGGAGCCAAUAAGUUCUCCACUUAACGCUUCUACUGAUGAGUGGACCACCGUCUUCAGCUCAAUCAGCCUGACCACACUUCCAUUUCUAGAGAACCUUACCUUGAGCCUGGAAAAUGCCACCACCGUUCCGGAAAACUUCACCCUGUAUACAGAGAAUGCCACCACUGUUCCAGAAAACUUUACCCUGUAUACAGAGAAUGCCACCACCGUUCCAGAAAACUUUACCCUCUAUACAGAGAAUGCCACCACCGUUCCAGAAAAUUUUACUCUGUACGCUGAAAAUGCCACCACCGUUCCAGAAAACUUUACACUUUAUACAGUAAAUGCCACCACCGUUCCAGAAAACAUUACCUUGACUCCAGAACUUUCCACCACAAUUCCGGUCAAUGUUACCACCAUUCCAGUGCUGCCCACCACAGUUGUAGAAACUGUUACCCCUACUUCAGUUAAACCUACAACUAGUCCAGGAACUACACCUUCCAGCCCAGAACGCAUCACCCCAAUCCCACUUCCAGACACAGUCAAGGAGAAACUGAAGCAAAUUCAGGAUCUGAUAUCUUCACUCCUUAAUCCCUAGAUACAGGAGUCUUCUUGUACCACUCAUUAUGCCUAAUUGCCUUCAAGAGCUUGGGACUGCAGUAAGACUCCAUUGAGUUCCAACCCAAUCAUUCUCAUUAUGAAGAUCAUUCUAAAAAAAAUGGAUAUUGACGUUCCUCCUGCUUCAUAUAUACAGUAGCACCACAUUGGCCAACUCCCUGGCCAAUUCUGCAUCAAGGACCAGUUCUUUAAUAACAAAACAUUACAUACCACAUAGCCAGCUUACAGACAUCUGCUCCAACUUGUUGGAUCUCUCGAGGGAAUGGGAUGAAACAAUGGGUUUCAGAUGGUAGGAAGGUGAGGAUGAGAUGGGUGAAAGUAUUGGCACAACACCAACGAUACACAAGGCACCUCCUCCCAAUGUAAAUAGUUAAGGGAUUAUGGGGCAGUGAAAUGUUUUCUCUUGGAAAGUAAUAUAACAAUCAUGUUAAAAUAUGGAAAGCAAUGGAUGGUUGAGUGGGUUGGGUUUCUGUGGGCAACAGGUUGGGUUUUAAGUGAAUGGUGGGCAGUAAGUUGGCAUUGAGGAAAGGGCACAAGCUCACCUAUCUGCUGUCGGGGUGGGUUCUAAAGAUGUAUUUUACUCUUGCCAAUUUUAUACCAGAGGGUUCCUCCCCUCUUUAUGCUCUGGUGGGAUCACAUCUAGUUGACCUUCAUGUAGUAAAUCAGGCUCUGGGUUGCAUGGUCACAUGGUCAGAUGCAAGUGGGUAAUAUAUACCAGCAAUGGACUUGGAUUGGUUGGAUCGUUAUCAGACCUAUAGAAAACUUUGGUGCUGUUAUUGCAUUGAUCCUUUUCCAUCCUCAUCAUCAAUAAACUCCUACCAUGUCUCUGCCAGCUUUACUCUGCCACCUCUCAUUCUCUAGCCAAUUGUAACGUUGCUAAAAAAUAACCUUCUCUUUCCGCCGUCACAUUUCCAUGAUGUUCACCUUCCGUUCACUAUAGAAAAGUUAAUUAAACACUGGAAAUAUGUUUACACUGUAA